GGAGUACGGGCGGCCAUCCUCAUCAGGAAAUGAAGCAGCGCAGCAACAGAAAGCUGGCAUAUCAUGAUUGCAGAGAAGUAAAAGCAGCCGCAGUCAAAAAGGUCAUCUCCUUUCACUCGCAGAUCCGGAAGAGGAGAAAGAAGCAGAAGCAGCAGCAGCGGUAGAAGCAGAAGGAGGCGGCGUCGGCGACGACGACGACGACGAAGAAGAAGAAGCAGAAGCAGAAGCAGAAGCAGAAGAAGAAGAAGAAGAAGACGAAGACGAAGAAGAAGAAGAAGAAGAAGAAGAAGAAGAAGAAGCAGAAACAGAACCAGAAUCAUCAGGAUAAGAAUAAAGAAGAAGAAGAAGAAGAAGAAGAAGAAGAAGCAGAAACAGAACCAGAAUCAUCAGGAGAAGAAGAAGAAGAAGAAGAAGAAGAAGAAGAAGAAGAAGAAGAAGAAGAAGUGACAAGGAGCAAGACUGGUUGCUUGGUUGCAGCAAUAAUAGAGUAUGGCACCAUGGGCGGGCCAGCUGCGCACGUUGGCAAGGUCAGGCUCCAGGUCAGCGUCCAUGUUAGCUGCCACGUCAGGAGGUAACCUUUCCCGUGAUCGUUUUGGAGAAUGCUGUCUGCAUGAGCUGCGUCGGAUCAGAGGGGUGAGCCUAGGGAAGAAUGGCAUGCUGUCAGCGUCGAUGGGAUCGGGAUCGACAAGUGGUUUAUGGGCCUGGAGCAGGUCUUUUGAAUCGAGGCCGCUGGCAGCUGGCUGCCAUAGCAAUCACAGCACCUGGGAGACGAGCACCGCUUCUUCUCAACAGCACAUUGCCACUGAGGCGGGACCACCACCAUCAGCACGUGGUGGUGGUGGUAACGACGCCUCCGCCUCUGUGCACUCCCGUCUGAUCCGACGGCACAUAGUGCCCAUCAGUUUAAGACGCUCGGUUGAGGCAAUGGCAGCGGACGUCAAAGCCGACCUGAGAUAUAACCCUCGGGCAUGGCUUGCUCUGGAGCAAGACCGGGAGGCGCUUCCUCCGCCAUCGUCCAGCAUCUGUGUCAACGACAGAACUGCUGAUGGUGGUCCCGUCUCAGAACGGUUGUGGAGGAGGAAUUUUGCUCUUAUCGCGGAUCGCAUUCAUAAUCCUUGUCAUUCGCUCAGGUCGCGGUCAUUCCACUCUCGCCCGGUCCCAUCCAUCGUGCUGAAAGCCGCAGAGAAGCCAGAUUCAGAUCAAGCACCAGCUGCUUCAGAAGGUACCACACAAGCAACUGCAGGAGCACCACCAGCAGCAGCAGAAGCAGAAGCAGAAGCAGCAGCAGCAGAAGCAGCAGCAGCAGAAGCAGCAGCAGCAGCAGCAGCUAUCCCUACACGAAUGUCUGAGCGCGAGGUCAGUGAUGUUGAUAUCAGGUCCAGUCCGAUGAUCUAUAAUUUUGCAGGUGUGGCACCUGAUCGCAAAGCAUCGCGGCUUUCGGACGCAUCCAAAGAGAACAUCUGGUUCUUGCACCAACAGAGCCCAGACGAAUGGACCGUUGACCGUCUUGCAGCUGAGUACCGGAUAAGAAAGCAGAGAGUGCAUGCCAUCCUUUGGCUGAAGGACAUUCAGAAGAAGAUGGAGGAAGAGGCGGGCGAACGUUUGGACGGUGAGAUUGAGAAAGCGUUUGAGAAGAUCCACGGCUCUUACACGAAGGCUGAUGGCGAGCGCCAUGUCAAAGUCAUGUACACGGAGCCCAAGUUUGAGGUAGUCGAGGAUGACUGGGGGGGGGAAACUGACGUCAAACAAAACAAAUUGCCAACUGUGGAGGAGUUGUCCUCCCGCGAGGAGAAGAUGCUGGUCGCUGAGUUCGAACGACGGAUGGAGUUCAAUAAGAAACAGAUGGACGGAACGAUAAAAGUGAAGAAAGCGGAUCGCAAGCGGCCGAAAGAAGGAUGGAGCUACGUUAUCGAGGACAUCAGCAAGAAUGCGAAGAGAGGAAAGGGAGGAGGGAAGCGCUUUGGAGGGGGCUCUGGGGAUUUGCUUGCAUACCCCUCUGGGAGGGACCCAUUCGCAAGAUUACGUCUGGGCGGGGGAUCAGGUCCUGAUAAAGCGCUGAUCGAGAAGAUGAAGAUCCUAAGUGUUUGGCUUUUGAUUGUCGCUGUGAUGCGCCUUUCGGCCUUCAUCUGGGGCUAUACUGAUCUGUCCAAGUUGCAGGUGGGCGUUUACUCGGAGACGGAAUUAUCGCCUCUGCACGGCAGGGAGUUCUCUGCGUGGACGGCAACAACAGCUUGCUUGUGUGUAAUAUGUGCUCUCAACCUCAAUAGCCGCCCCAUCUACUUGGCGACAAUGCUGUCCUUUGUCAUUGCGGAAGCGCAUUUCCUUCUGGAAUACCUCGCGUUCGGGACCAUGUCGGUUCAGACAGUCAUUUCGCCUGCGAUUAUCGCCUCAGUAUCUGCGUUCUGGAUGCUGCUCAAUUGGAGCAAUACUGCCACCAGUGCAAUUUCCGACCGCAAAAGGUCUUAAGAGGCUUUGUGUAUGUUGGCCGUCUGCUGUAAACUACACCUUAUCUAUCUUCCUUGCACCAAAAUCCAGUGGAAUCUUCUCCUUCUAGUCCGCGACUUCUGAACUGGGAGUGGAAACACGGCUGCCCAUCGCUGUCGCUUGGUCAGGGACGACGGCUUUUCCAGGAGCAUGUAGACGUUGGGGCUUUGCACCUACACAUUUUCUCUUGGGGUGCUAGCGCACGGCAAGUGCACAGGUCCGUGGGCGCUCCCACUUAACCACACAGAUGGUGUGGGCAGCCUUGUGCUUAAAAAACAAACAAAAAAAAAAAACUGACGGUUCUGGCUCCGUAUCCAUUCCGGGGAGCAUCAGACUGGUUCCUAUUCCACUGGCAAGUCAAGAAUACAAGUUUCACACACUCUUCAACGCCUCUCCCCGUUACGGUUGAGAGGCCCGAGUGGACGGCGGCAUUGAUUACUUCCCGAGGGAAGGAUAUGCCACCCCUCCCCCCUGCCUAAGUUAGCCCAAAGGGAUUGAUUAAUUCCCAAGCUGCCGCCCAAGCUGCCAUUGAUUACUUGAGAGUCAAUCCGAAGCUAUACUAGCCGCCCAAGCCGCCAUUUCACUGUGUUGGGAAUGGGCCUCCUCAAGCGAGCUCGCGGUCUGUGCCGUUCUUGCACCUGCCCACCAGACACACUUGAGGAGGUUCCCCUCUAGGGUGCCCAGCUUCCCAUUUCCUAAGGAGUCUAUGUUAAUACAAAAGAUUUGCGGUCGUGUUCUCUGCCAGUCCGCCUGAUAUUCGACAUCCAGUGCCUGUUUGAGCUUGUCCCAGGCCUGCUCUGGAGCUACUUCCUGUUUGUCAUGGUCUCCUUGCACCGUCUUUUCCAGAAAACCCAGCCUUCUUUUUUUUUUUUUUAAACAGGGCCUUGUGGUUCUGGCUCCUUCUAGUCUGGGGAGCGUCAGUCCGGUUCCUAUUCCACCGGCACGUCAGAGCCUUCUAUAAAGUUUCCAGAGCCAAUUUGCCCGCCCUGGCGGGUGUACGAGGCCCGUGAGUCGGGCGAGGCAGUCCUCCGGCAGUGCCUGACCAGUGAUUCCCCUCCCGAGGUCCCCUGCUCGGUGCUAAAGUUGUUGGGCCUUCGGGCAUUGCAGCAUGCAAUAGACGAUAUUUCUCCGUUACUCCCCCGUUGCAGAUCGAACAACACGCCUGUCUGUGGGCCUGUGCUCUUCUCUUACUCAGCCAUUGAUUGACUGAGAGUGCCUGGUAAUUUAGGAGCCAUUGCACGCUACGGACCAUGGUACUGUGGAUCGCCUAACGCCGUGACCCAGGGAAUCUUGGCCAGCCCAUGUAGACCCCCAGGUACGAGCCGCUCCCUGCGUUGAACCAAAGUGUUCCGGGUAUUUGCGGAUCGUGGACGCAGCCUGUAACCCAGUCGGGUGGUAUAGUUGAAGAUACUUACUUGUCGGUCGACCCAGCCUGCUGCUGUUGGAAGUUUCCGUGCCAUCCCGCCGGAUCAAACUCUUAAGUCCUGCAGCUGUAUGAACGGUUCAAAGAUUCUGAAAGGGCUGAGUUCGACUGAUGCCUGCGCACUGCUGGUUUUGGUGAGUCCUCUUACUGUUUGCUCUGCUUCCUCUAUCUCAUGCAAGCCCAUCAGGCCCCCGUCCCGUUCUAGGGCCCACCUGUUUGAUGAAGGACAAAGCGACGGUGGGAGGAGCCUCUCAAUCCCAAGUGUUUUCCCAUUCCCCUGCCCUCCAUGUGCGCGGGGCUGAGAGAAGAGCGGUCCAUGAUGCUGGAAUGGAUACCAGGAGUUCAUUCAGAUUCUGCUGCAGGCCUUGUGUAGUUCCUGCAGCUCUGCUUGAGUCUUCCCGCGCCUAUGGUCCUCGUGCUGGAUGGGCAACCUUGUACUUUAUUUUGCCCGCGUGGUAUUAUUGGUAGAGUUGUUUUAAGCAAUUACAUGAU